AUGGCGACGCCCCUUUUUCUCUGCAGGCGACAGCGCAAGGCAGUGGCGCCUCCUCGCCGCCAUGGGCCAUCCCAUCCCGCCCCUCGAUGGUGGCGCGUCCCACACCGUGCGGAUGGAACCCCCGGCUGCGAUGCAUCCUGCCCCAAUCCCCGACCUCCUGGGCACAUCGCCUUGCGUGGACAGGGGGGCCCGGCGGGCAGCGCAGCCUGCCCUCACGCUAGCGGCAUCCCACAGCUGAGGUUUUCAGCUGCUUUUGGCCAGUACUUCUGCUUACACUUCGAGGCAUUUCAGUUACAGCCUGGGGGCACCGGGCUCAAGAUGAUCUGCCAAGGGGUACCCCGGAGCAUCAUUCACAGUCACCGGAGGGUCCAGGAUAGCUACGACGGGCUCAUCAUCCAGAGGAACAUGGCCCUGUUCUUCUCGGGCGGUGACAAGAAGGAGCUCAAGCUGCGCGUGUCCCUGACCUCAGGUUUGGUUAAUUUAUUCAGUGUAAGUUGUGCCUCCUCGGAGAUCCGGCGGUCGCACACAUCCCACACCUUGAUGAUAAUGUUCAGCGGGCUUGGUGCUGGUGGUGGCCUAGGUGCUCCAAAUGCUUAUAAUGGUCAGUACAUAGUCUGUUCUGUUAAUGGAGAAAUUAAUCCUGCAGUUACAAAUGCUCCAAAUGCUUCUCUUUGGAUGAUUUCUUGA